AGGGUAAGAGAGGAGGGGCACGCGCGCUCUUGUCCUAUCAUAGAAAGUACGUAACUGCAAACAAGAGUUUACGUAGAGACCACCCACAUUGCGUAAAUACUAACAACAAACAUGGCGGACGAUCACACAGACGCAGACCAAUCUAUGGAGGGGAACACUCCAAUUGCUGAAAACCCCCAUUCUGAAUAUGGACUGACAGAAAACAUCCAGAGAAUAGUGGAAAACGAGAAAUCCAACACAGAGAAGGUCUCCAAACAGAAGGUGGAUCUGCAGUCGCUCCCCACCAGGGCAUAUUUGGAUCAGACAGUGGUGCCCAUUCUUCUUCAAGGCUUAUCUGUGUUGGCCAAGGAAAGACCUACAAAUCCUAUUGAAUUCUUAGCAGCCUUCCUUCUCAAGAACAAAUCACAGUUUGAAAAUCGAAAUUAAGCCCCAGACGGAUGGAAAUGUGCACUUUGAGGCCAUAUGUUUAAAAUUAAGAAAAUUGUUGUUUCUGUCAAUGGUUAUGUUUGCUAAUGAUAGUGUAUGUUGUUUUUUAAACCAGAAUAAAGAUUGUGCUGCAGGGAAA